UAUUUUUAUAAAGUCUAUCAAUGACAGAUGAAACAGAAACAGAUCAUUUUAGUGAAUUUCUGACCAUACGUAAAUAAAUGAAAUUACAAAUGUCAAAAUGUUUAGGAAUUCUUUAUGGUGGUGUAUUUUUACACUUUCAUUUUUGGAAUUAGUUAUUAAAACUCAUCCAACGUUACAUGACAGCAGUCAUGGCUUCAUCAGUAAACAUUCCAGAUACUUGGAUGACGAGUUAUCAGGAUUGCAUGAGUCUUUUCCUUUUCAGGAAAUUGCUUCACUUAAGGCAUCUGGAACAGGUGAUGUAUCACUGAAGCUUCCACUGAAAUUUGAACCAACAAUUCUUGAUUUCAAAUAUAGACCCAUAGGAGUUCCUCACUUGGAAAAAGUUACUCUCUUCAAUAUUGAUAGAUAUAGAACCAUUGAUAUGACAUCCAUAUCAGGAAGAACUGUUCAUUUACACAGUUCAUUUUUUCAAGAAAAGAAAUUACCGCCAAAUGGAAAUACUUCCUUUAACGUGGUAUUUCUAGGAAGGGAGGAAGGCUUUAUAGAAAGCAAUCUGUUCAUACAUACAUCGGAGGGUUUCAUGAAGUACAACGUUAAGGGUGUCAGCACCUUCAGCCAUUAUCGAAUACGACCCAUUGUCGGGAUAAAGUUGCCAAUAAAUUCAACAUUUUCACCAUUUAUUUAUAUACAUAAUCCUCAUUCUGAACCGAUACAGAUUAUCGAAAUCUUCAGUAGCGGAGGUAGUUUUCAUCUUGAGCUACCUACUGGCGAACAUGAGGGAUCCAACGAUCUGUGGGAAAUUCCUCCUCAGCAAACAAAGGCUGUAAUCAAGGUUCGUUACCUAGCCCACGUGGUGCAGAAUCAUACUGCAUACAUAAGAAUAAAACUGAACAAGCCAGACGAAACGCUGGUUAUACCAAUAGAAGUCGAAGUAGCCCCUACAAUGGGACUCUUCCAUCCGCAAGGGUUUGUGGAUUUCGGUAUGGGUGGUAAUAUGGAUGCUCCGAAGGAGGUUAAAUUAUGCCUUUUUAAUCCUCAUAAGAAGCACGUUCGAAUACACAGUGUUUCGACUGUUUCUAAAGCUAUCAAGGUGCAAUAUUACAAUAUUCGUUUGCCACCUUACAGUGAGGAUGAAGGAAAAAGCAAUCAGUGUGUCAAUGUCGGAACAUUGACAGUGGAUUGGAAAACUGCUUAUGAAACCAAAGACUUUUCUGGAAAAAUUAUAGUGAAAUAUCGUAAUGGAAAAAACAGAUCUGAGAUUCCGUAUUACAUAACGGUUCUCAAAGGGGGUAUUACAUAUAAUCCUCUUACAACUACUUAUUUUAUAAACGAUAAGGCCGUUGACUUAUCUUCUAGAUCGUUCAAAGUAAAAAACGAAUUCGAAUAUCCCAUUCAAAUACGGAAUGUAACCUUUCCACAAGAUGCUCAUUUGUAUUUUAAGAUUGAAACGCUCACUCCAAAGGUGCUAAGGCCCUCUGAAGAAACUAAUAUUUUUAACAUAAAACUCAAGAGUAAUAUCAGAUUGUCUGAUUUGCAGUUACAUUCACACAUCAUUUUAAGAACUAAUAUUUCAGAUGUUACUGUUCCGCUGUUGAGCUAUAAUGGAAAAUUGCAAGUUCAUCUACCUUUCAAAAGCAAAGACUAUUCAUUAGACAUUGGUUUGAUUGGUUUUGAUUCUAGAAAAGAAGUCUAUUUCAUGGUUGUGAAUCAUAACCCUGUAACAUUGCAUCUAAAGAAUAUCCAUUCUUCGAUCCCGAUGACACAAGCUGGGGUGCUCGGCUGCGGAAGCGGUGACUACAGGCUGGUUCUUUUUCAGCCUUCAUUUUCCAAUCUCACUAGAUGCCAUAAUCUGAAAGCAAAACACUACGCCAUAAUAAAAGUGGUUGUUACUACUUCACAUGUCGAGGGUCAAGUAUGGGGAGACCUUUAUGUGGAAACCCAGUUCGAGAACUUGAAAGUACCUGUACAUUUCAAGAUAGCUCCGGGAAGGCUUGAUAUUAGUUCCGACAAACUAAUUUUUGAUCAGUGCUUUCCUGCUAAAAUUUGUUCCCAUCCGGUUCGUGUUCACUCAACGUUUAAUGAUCCUAUGAUCAUCGAAGACAUAAUUACUCUGCCUCCUGAUAAGAGGAUUUCAAGUAGACACACUGGUCACAUUCUUGCCAGAACAUCAAAAAUUAUUGGACACGUAUUCUUGAAUCUCGACGUGCAGUGUCAAGCAGAUUGCUACACUGGACUGCAGACAGAUACUUCAGCUCAAUGGUUGAAAACAUUUUCACUACCUAAAUUCGUCUCGGACUUUGAUUUGCAUCUGGUCAACGUAUUUUAUAACAGAUACUUGAACUUAACCUCUAAUGGCAUGAAGAAGUGGCAGAAUAUCACGCUCAGAUUGGACACAUCGGAAGUUAGAGGGCAUAUUUUCAAAACCAGAGUAAAACUAAGCUGGCCAAGUUUGAUUGUUGAACAAAAUUCUGAGAACCGUUCUGUUUUUAUGUUUCCUCUAACGCAGGUUGGGAAUUUCACAUAUCUGAACAUUACGGUUCGUAAUCCAGCUAGUUACAACGUGGUGGUACAGCUGGUGUUUGAUAGAGAUUAUCCAGAGAUGAAGACGUUAUACAACGGAUUACCACCCAACUUGCUAGUGAAAAAUUCAAGGGAAUACACUCCUACACACGGUUUUUUUUUCCCGAACAACACCAAAGAUAAAUAUCUUGAUUUUUUUUCGGAAAUGCUGGGGAUCAACGCGAAUAGAAAUACAGUGCCCAUUUUAUUGACACCAGGUCAGACCCAGAGCGUACUUGUCGGUUUUUAUACGGAAGAUGUUAAUCCUCACUCAGCGCUACUUUUCCUUAGAAAUAAUUUGACAAUUCUGGAAGUUAUUAGACUGAACGCUCAGGGAGCGCAGCCAUCGUUCAAGUUCGGAAACCGUAAACCAGGGUCGACUCAACUGCUGACCUUUGAUUUAACGGACAAGCAUUUCAGGGAAUGUGAGAGGCAUAAGUCGUCAGCGGGAUGUUCCCACCCACACUUGACGGUUAAACGAACUUUCACUGCCAGAAAUAUCGGGGAUGUACCGCUCUACAUUCAUAGUUUUCACAUAAAUGACUAUGCUUGUGUGGGAUAUGGUUUCCGAGUGAUGGAUUGCGAACCUUUCGUGCUUCCCCCGAAUGGAACAAAAAAAAUUGAUAUAGCAUUCACUCCGGAUUUAACUUUAACAAAAAUCACCAGAACCCUAAUUCUUGGCACCAGCCUCAAUAUUCCGGUGAAUUACACACUGUACACUACCAUACCGUCAUCUUAUUUGCAUCUGUGCUCGGAUCUAAUAGCUAGACCAACGUGGGAGAUUUACUUGAGCUAUUUGACAGUGCUGUCGAUGGGAAUUUUAUAUAUUAUUAUUUUAUUUGCUGCCAUGAUGGAUGCUGAUCGAAUUAGAAGGCAAGCGAUGGGGUCUUUUAUCGCCCCAAGUAGUCCUACAAUACAACCCGUGUUGGAUUUAAGACUAGUUGGCCAACAAAUUAGGGAAGAAAUUCAAUCAGCUAAGACUGAGAAUGUGUGCGAGGAUAAAAAAGUUAUUUGUGAGGAUAAAGCAUCGCAGAAAGAAUUGGAAGAUGAAAUUAAACCGAGGUCAGAGAGUGAUCAAUAUACGGCAGUAGUGCCAACAGUUAGUAAGCCUAAAAAGAAACUUGGGAAAAAGAAUAGCAUUGAAACUAACCAAAGUUCACCUCCGUGUGACGUCAUGAUCCAAGAAAAGUUUGAGAAGAAACAACAGAAAGAAAAAAUAAGCGAACCAAAACAUAAAGUUAAAAAAGAGAGUAAGGAGUUGUUGAGAACUGAAGAAAAAGACAAAAAACAUGUACAAAAUAUUAUACAGAAAGAAAAGGAGGUUAAGAAACCGCUUUGUAAUAACAGAAAACAUACCAAAAACAGUAGUGUACCUGUAUAUGAAGAAGAAACUUCAUCCACAACUACCGAUAGCAGUAGUUAUUAUGAAGAUCCUGAAAAAGAAAAUAACCAAAGAAAUAUAUCAAAAGUUUGCUCAAAGAGUAAGUUCCGCAAUGUAAACAGUGAAACUUCGAAACCUGUUAUACAGGAAAAUUUGAAUCAUACGUCCGAAGUUAAACACGUCAGUUUCAAUCAUAAUCAUCAUCACAACAGAAACAAACAUCAAAAAUCCUCACAGAAAACGCCGAAGAUCGAUAAACAGAACAAAGACCAUGAGGCUAAUCCAAAAGCAAAUGAACAUCACAGUCACGGCAAACACCAUAUUCAUCUUCGAGAAAUGAAAAAGAGGGAUAGGUCUUGCAGAGAUCGCAAGGAAAAAAGUAACUUUCACAAAAAAUCUUCCGACAAAAACAAACAAAACGAAAGACAAGUCAAAGAGUCUGAUAGUAUAGAAAAACGAAAAAACGCGAGCUGUUUCAAUAUAUCUUUGCCCCCAUCUACGGUCCCGUGUAUUUGGGGCGAAAGUAGGGCUAGAUUCAGCGACGUAGUAGCAAGAAGUGAUAUGGGGUGUUCCUCUAAUCGCCCUUUGGCGCACAGUAGCAAACCCGUUACCAAUAAGCCAACUAUGUAUGUGGAACCCUACAAACAAACCUCUUCUGUCGAGUUGGGGCCCAUCGGUUCUAAACGCUUGGAUUGUCGCCCUUCCAAUGAGGUCAAUCGCAGAUCAUUGAAUGAUGAUAAUUUCAGAUUGAAUGGCAAUAAUAGUAGAUCUACCAGUGAUAUUAUUCACGAUGAGUACUUGAAUUCGGAAAACAUAAUUCUCGAUUCCAACAGUAGUUAUUUCUCGGACGAACUCCGUUUAGAUAACAGUAGCAGAGAAAAUACCUAUAUGGAUGAUACUUCAGCUGUCAGUAAUUGGAAUCAUCAACAGGAUUAUGGAAAUCUUAUUGAACCUUCUGAUACUAACACGUCAAUGGAGGAUCCAUGGAACCAAAGUUUGUUAAAUUCAAGCACGUACUGGGAUAGUUAUAACCCGUUACUGAAUGAUCCUUCGCUCAUCAAUGAUAACUCUUUACUAAUGGAAAUGUCGCUAUCAUCCCCAUCCCAAGUAACUUCUCAGUCGGCUGGUUAUCUGUGGGGAUCGUCUUCAGUCUGGCAACCGUGGGCUCCAGAAGUUACAAGGACUCCAACUAGAACGCCUCCUGGCUUCGAUGAGUACCUGCACAGAAAAAGAGAUGAUACCCCGCAACCAACGAGAGACAGUUACAGCCCUUUCAAUACUUCUCCAUUGUGGAACCAACAACAGACCAAUCCGUGGAACUACUCGCAAGGACACUGAAGAUCAUUUUUAUUGGACUUGGUUGGGCCUUUUGCACUUAUUCCACUUUCGAGUGGUAACUCUUUGAUUGUGUUUUUGUAAGACUGCAUGUAAUUUAAUGAAAUACUCAUGUGUGUAGGAAAUCUUUAGUCCUGCCCAACUUUUUGAUUUACUUAGCGAACUUAAUCGAUUGUGAACGUUACUACUGACUCUUUGACACAGAACUAAGCAGACAGUUGUCUGGUAUGCCGACCCCUCAAUAAAUGUUAUGAGCAAAUGAAAAAA